UUUGAAGUAUGUCUUUGAUUUUAUUCUUCUACUUUAUGGUUCUGUCAGAAGCCUGUAUGAGAACUGUCGCGCCGGAAGAUGUGUACAUUUCCAGUACAUUUCCUUUUGAAGAUUUUACAACAGAAGCAGUUGUCACAACUGAUUCAUCGACUAUUUCACAACUAACCACAGAGACGACUAUGGAAACAGUGGAAACCCGUAAUGUAUCCUGGGAGAUAAACUAAUGAAUUUUGGAAACCGUGAUUUUGGAGAUAAAUUUUUAAAAAACA